AUGACUCCGCGUUCAGAAAUGGUGGAAUUUCUCGACCACUUAAAAAAAGCCGGUUUUGAUUAUUCCACUCGUUCGGGAAUCAGUAUUUCUCCUUUUGAAUUAGAGAACAUUGUUCCUGACAAAGAAAAAAUCUUAGCAGCAGCAGAAAAAAAAUUGGUCCAAAUUACCGAGCAUUUUACUCAAGGUUUUUAUAGCGAAGAAGAAAGAAAACAAAAAAGAAAACAGACCUCUUUUUACCAUAUUUGGGAUUCGGGAGCUCGGGCUAGUGAUGAAAGCCUUACCCAAAUCGCCGGUAUGCGGGGUAAUAUUACUGACUACUCAGGAGAAGUAAAAGAGAUGGCGAUCACUUCUUCCUUAUGGGAAGGGUUAACGCCUUUUGAAUUUUUCAUUUCCGACUUCGGAGCUACCAAAGGGAUGAUUGAUACUGCCUUGAAAACAGCCGAAGCGGGCUAUUUAACCCGCCGUUUG